AUGGAUGGAUUGGACGUUGUGGGGACUGGGGAGACGCUAGGGUUUUGGGAUCUAGGGUUUGCGGGAGUGUGUGUGUUGAAAGGCACGGUGGAAAACCCUAGGGGUAAUUUGGGAAAUAGAAUGCAAAUCGAAGAUUAUCUAUACGGCAAGAAGCUUCAUCUACCUCAUUUGGAAAAGAAACCAAAAAAGAUGUUGGACGGUGAUUAGGGUCUCCUUGAUAGACAAGUGCUGAGAGUUAUUCGAUUGACAUUAUCAAAGAACGUUGCCCAUAAUGUGGAAAAGGAGAAAUCGAUCGAAGCAUUAAUGAAGGUAUUGUCUGAUACAUAUGAGAAGUCGUCUAUAAAUAACAAUAUUUCUCAUGAAAAAAUUGUUUCAUUUAAAGAUGAAAGAAAGUGCUUCAGUAGCAACACAUCUCAAUGA